UUAAAUUCAGGUCUUCUUGGCUCCUAGGCCGACUCUAACUAAUAACUUCUUGUUUUUUGGUCAUUUAGUCCUAUUUAACUCUUCAUGACCCUAUGGACCAUAACAGACUAAUAUUGUCCAUGGAAUUUUCUUGAACAAGAUUCUGAAGUGGUUUGUCAUUUCCUCGAGUGGAUUAAGGUAACAGAGGUUAAGUGACUUGCCUGGGGUCACACAGCUAGUAAAUGCUAAGGUUAGAUUUGAACUCAGUUCUUCCUGACUCCAGGCCUAGUGAGCCUUCUAACUAAUAGCUAUUAAUUAAGAACUAACUAAUAUUAUACUGACUGUAUGUGCCAGUGAUGGCAAACCUUUUAGAGAUAGAGUACCAGGUACCACCCCCAGUCUGAAUGUUGGGCGUGCCCCUCUUUAUCCCACACAAGGGAGGGAGAAAGUACUCCCAUUGGACAGCUGGGCAGAGGGGCUAAUGAAGUGAGGAAUGUCAUAAUGAAAUGAGGAAUAUCCUCAGUGAGUGUAGAGAGGGAAGGGGAGUGCCUAGAACACUCUGCUCCCCUCCAACUCUUGUCACCUCUGAGUGGCCCACCUUACCCACUGUGAGCUCCCAUUGGACUGCUGGACAGGGGGAGGGAUCAUGUGAAAAAAUAUCAGGUGGGUUUACAGAAAAAGUUUAUGAGUGGAGCUCAGAAGAAGAGGAUACCUUGAAAAAAGCAGGGCCAGUUCAGGUCCUCAUCAUGAAAGAUGAUCACUCCUUUGAAUUAGAUGAAACUGCACUUAAUCGUAUCCUUCUGUCAGAAGCUGUCAGAGAUAAAGAAGUUGUUGCUGUUUCUGUAGCUGGAGCAUUUAGAAAAGGAAAAUCAUUUCUGAUGGACUUCAUGUUGAGAUAUAUGUACAACCAGGUAUCUAUUGAUUGGAUUGGAGAUUAUGAUGAACCACUGACUGGUUUUUCUUGGAGGGGUGGAUCUGAAAGAGAGACCACAGGAAUUCAGAUAUGGAGUGAAGUCUUCCUAAUUGACAAACCUGAUGGCAAAAAGGUUGCGGUCUUAUUAAUGGAUACUCAAGGGACGUUUGAUAGUCAAUCAACUCUGAGGGAUUCAGCCACUGUAUUUGCCCUUAGCACUAUGAUCAGCUCAAUACAGGUAUACAACUUAUCUCAGAAUGUCCAGGAAGAUGACCUUCAGCACUUACAGCUUUUCACUGAGUAUGGCAGACUGGCCAUGGAAGAAACAUUUCUGAAACCAUUUCAGUCCUUAAUAUUCCUUGUCCGAGACUGGAGUUUCCCAUAUGAAUUUUCCUAUGGAGCUGAUGGUGGUACCAAAUUUUUGGAAAAACGACUUAAGGUCUCAGGGAACCAGCAUGAGGAACUGCAGAAUGUACGAAAGCACAUCCAUUCCUGUUUCACCAACAUAUCCUGUUUUCUACUACCUCAUCCUGGUUUAAAAGUUGCCACCAACCCAAAUUUCAAUGGAAAACUGAAAGAGAUAGAUGAUGAAUUCAUUAAGAACCUGAAAAUUUUGAUCCCUUGGCUACUCAGCCCUGAGAAUCUAGAUGUCAAAGAAAUCAAUGGAAAUAAAAUCACAUGUCGAGGUCUAGUGGAAUACUUUAAGGCAUAUAUAAAGAUCUAUCAAGGAGAAGAAUUACCCCAUCCCAAAUCAAUGUUGCAGGCUACAGCUGAGGCUAACAAUUUAGCAGCAGUUGCAACUGCCAAGGAUACAUAUAACAAAAGAAUGGAAGAGAUCUGUGGAGGUGACAAGCCAUUUCUAGCACCCACUGACCUCCAGAACAAACACCUGGAACUCAAGGAGGAAUCAAUUAAGUUAUUUCGUGGUGUCAAAAAGAUGGGUGGGGAGGAAUUUAGCCGCCGUUACCUGCAACAACUGGAGAGUGAAAUAGAUGAGCUUUACAUACAAUAUAUCAAACAUAAUGAUAGCAAGAACAUCUUCCAUGCAGCACGCACACCAGCCACACUGUUUGUAGUCAUCUUCAUCACCUAUGUCAUUGCUGGUAUUACUGGAUUCAUUGGUUUGGAUAUUAUAGCCAGUUUAUGCAACAUGAUCAUGGGACUGACCCUUAUCACUCUGUGUACCUGGGCAUAUAUCCGAUACUCUGGAGAAUACCGAGAAUUGGGAGCAGUAAUAGACCAGGUGGCUGCUGCCUUGUGGGACCAGGGAAGUACAAAUGAGGCUUUAUAUAAACUCUACAGUGCAGCAUCUACCCACAGACAUUUGUAUCAAAAUGCUUUUCCUGCAUCGAAAUCAAACUCUACUGAAGAAUCAGAACGGAAGAAAAUGUAAUCCAUAUUUUAAAAAUAGAUGCAUGAACAUUUAUCCAUUAUAUCAUCAGUUACAUGCAUACAUGUACAUAUUUUAAAGUAUUUAAGAUUAAAAUAAAAAGUUGAAAACCAUUUCUUUUUACUUAAGUAUUUAAUAAGGAAAUAUAUGCAUGGUUUCCAGUUUUCUGUAAUAUUUACUAUUAUAGGUUAAUAUUAAAAUGUAUUCUCUUGUUAAUACAUGUGCUCCACUUGAAUUUACCAAUAAUACUGGCUUAUAAUUAAUUGAACUAUGUAGUGGUCUUCCUACAAGUUUCUAUAUGCUCAUUUGAUUUCUAAAGAAAUAAACUAAAAAUCACAUAUAAGUAUUUGUAAAAGAUUAUUGGUAUAAUCCAAUGUUUGAUUUUUACUGUAUCCAUCUUAUAUGUACUCUCAACUCUUAGUUACUUUAAGUACAUCUGAUAAAAUCUUUUCAUCUGCUGUCAAAAACUAAAGAUAUUUUUGUUAUGCUUAAAGUAUUGCUUUUAUUUGUCAUAAAUGAACAAAA